CUUUUAGAGUGGAUCCGUCGCACCAUCCCCUGGUUGGAGGACCGUGUUCCUGAGAAAACCAUGCCUGAUAUGCAACAGAAGCUGGAGGAUUUCCGGGAUUACCGCCGUGUUCACAAACCCCCCAAAGUGCAGGAGAAAUGUCAGCUUGAGAUAAACUUCAACACCCUACAGACUAAACUAAGGCUCAGCAACCGUCCAGCAUUCAUGCCAUCAGAGGGCAAAAUGGUGUCGGAUAUAAAUAAUGGAUGGCAGCAUCUAGAGCAGUCUGAGAAGGGUUAUGAAGAGUGGCUUCUAAACGAGAUCCGUCGGCUUGAGAGGUUGGACCAUCUGGCUGAAAAGUUCAGACAGAAAGCUUCCAUUCAUGAGGCCUGGACAGAAGGCAAGGAGGCCAUGCUAAAGCAGAAGGACUAUGAAAGUGCCACCCUCGCUGAUAUUAAAGCCCUGAUCCGAAAACAUGAAGCCUUUGAAAGUGACUUAGCAGCUCAUCAAGAUCGUGUUGAGCAGAUAGCUGCCAUUGCACAGGAGCUAAAUGAGUUAGAUUAUUACGACUCCCACAGUGUUAAUGCGCGUUGCCAAAAGAUAUGCGACCAGUGGGAUGUUCUGGGGUCCCUGACACACAGCAGAAGGGAAGCUUUGGAGCAAACGGAAAAACAGCUGGAAGCCAUCGACCAGUUGUACCUGGAAUAUGCUAAGAGGGCAGCACCGUUCAACAACUGGAUGGAGGGUGCCAUGGAGGACUUGCAGGAUAUGUUUAUUGUGCACACCAUUGAGGAGAUAGAGGGGCUGAUUACCGCACACGAGCAAUUUAAAUCGACCCUGCCAGAUGCUGAUCGUGAAAGAGAAGCCAUCUUAGAUAUCCAGAACCAGGCCCAGAAAAUUGCAGAUUACAACCACAUCAAGCUUACUGGUGGUAAUCCUUACACCACAGUCACACCACAGACCAUCAACUCCAAGUGGGAAAAGGUCCAACAAUUGGUUCCAAAACGAGACGGGGCUUUGAAAGGCGAGCAUGAUAAACAACAGUCUAACGAGCGAUUGCGUCUGCAGUUUGCUAACCAGGCCAAUGUGGUUGGACCUUGGAUCCAAGUCAAAAUGGAGGAAGUGGGCAGGAUUGCUAUUGAGAUGCACGGUACCCUAGAGGACCAGAUGACUCACCUAAAGCAAUAUGAGCAGAGCGUCAUUAACUACAAACCCAACAUUGACAAGCUAGAGCAGCAGCACCAGCUCAUCCAAGAAGCACUCAUUUUUGACAACAAGCACACCAACUACACCAUGGAGCACAUCCGCGUGGGGUGGGAGCACCUUCUUACCACCAUUGCUCGCACAAUUAAUGAAGUGGAGAACCAAAUCCUCACCCGUGAUGCCAAAGGCAUCAGUCAGGAGCAAAUGCAUGAGUACCGGGUCUCCUUCAACCACUUCGACAAGGACCAUACGGGUGCUCUGGGACCUGAGGAGUUCAAAGCCUGUCUCAUCAGUCUGGGAUAUGAUGUCGAAAAUGACAGACAGGGUGAAGCUGAGUUUAGUCGUAUUAUGAGCAUUGUUGACCCCAACAACUCUGGAAUGGUAACAUUCCAAGCAUUUAUAGACUUUAUGUCCCGAGAGACUACAGACACAGACACAGCAGACCAAGUCAUCGCCUCCUUCAAGGUCCUGGCUGGCGACAAAAAUUACAUUACUGCAGCAGAGCUGCGCAGGGAGUUGCCUCCAGACCAGGCUGAGUAUUGCAUUGCUCGCAUGGCCCCCUACCAAGGCCCAGACGCUGCACCGGGAGCUUUGGAUUACAUGUCUUUCUCUACUGCAUUGUAUGGCGAGAGCGACCUGUGAGGCAGUGAUGGUGAAUGAAUCGGGGAUCCCCCACCUGACACUGCCCUACCAACCCCACCAGCUACGGAAGCCGUUUUGGUAGUAGUUGCUCCGGAGGGCCAAGAGGACUUUGGGCUUACUACCGUUCUUCCCGUUACUAGGAUAAAGAGCGGAACUCAUAACCUUUCAUUCCCUUUGCAGGGAGGGAGGGGGAUGCGGGUCAAAACCUGCAGGACCACUCCUCCCCCCUCUGCAAAGCUAUCUAUGCAAUGGCUGGGGGGGCAGGGGAUGCUUUAAAUGCAGCUGGCACCUAUAAUCUGCUUAUCCCUUUCAUAUCUCGCGCCUUUCCUUCCCGCUCAUCCUUGUGCACCACCUCUCCUUUAUUAGGAUUUAUUUAUUCCUGGUCGUACAGUUCCCACUGAGUUGCCUGAGCGAUUUGGGGCCUUGUAUACGAUCAGGCUUUUUUUCUUUUUUUAAAUCAUAUCUUCAGUCACCACUGCCUUCUUGAGGUUAGUGCAGAUUUUUCUUUUUUUCUUUUAAGGCCAUAGGGCUUUACCCACUGCAGGCAGGGGAGCGAGAUCUGUAGCUGCGUGUGCUUCUUGUAUAUUUUAUCAGGAAAUGUUUUAAUAAAAAAAAAUGGGGCGCACACUAAUCUGUGCUGGAUAGAGAGGCAGCUAGAGUGAAAAAAAAGCACUGUUACAAAUCAUUCUGACCUGUUGCAGGAUUUGCAUGCCUGGCCACAGAGAUAGAGGACUGUUAGAUUCAGAUGAUUUACAAAAUAACUAUCGGAGGGUGAUCCGGGGAGCAUUAGUUCCCCCCACACACAAUUACACUUUCAUAAAUCCACAGUCAUACAUUCCUUUUUUUCAUAUGCUGUGUACACCUUCCCCUUGGCAGGAGCCUUUUGCGUACUAUCAAGCAACUUUUUGCAUGCUGUCUGGAAUAAAGGCUCCUAAUUUAAAUACGGGAUUACAAUCCCUUCUACAUUCCAUGCACACACCCAUUGUAGAAGAUAAAAACACUUGUAACUUUUUUUAUGAGUUAUCUUUUCUUCCGAAGGACCAAAAAAAGCCUAAAAAUAAAUAAUAAAAAAAAGUUUAAGAGGGUUAAUAUUUACUUAAUUUAGGGAGUUUAUGAUAAAAAAACAAAUAUAUAUAUAUAUAUAUUCACCUAGCAAAGCCUAUAUUUGCAGUUUUUUUUUUCUUCUAAUAAAAAAAAGAGGUUGCUAAUUAUUGCUAAGGAAGUCUAUAACAUUCCUUUGUCUCAUCUUUUUUUAUACUGGCGGCCGUGCAGGAGAAACCUGACUGGGGACGGCGUCCAUCUUUGUACUAUUCCUGCGCCCCCACAUCUCCUUACAGAACAAUAAAAGUAUAAUAUUUUUAAGAUAAGCCUGACAAUGCAAGUGUCGUCUUUGUCUGUAUGUGGGCGGGUACAGAAAUUUGAGUGGUUUACCGGUUUUAUUGCAAAUAUAUAUUUUUGUACAGGUUCUUUUACCUGGGACAAUUGAAAUAAACAAAUAUAAAAGAAAAUGAUUUACCAA